CAACAAUUGAGCAACUCAGCCGAACUGCUCGCACACAGUGGACUGGCGCUUGGUGAGAACGUGACACUGGGACGCAAAGCAAGCAGUCCAAUGUCACACCAAGUGCACGCUGUGUGUUCUCCGGCCGAAGCCGAUUUCUAUCAGAAACAAGGUUUCUUUCUAAAUGGUCGUAAGGCACGAAAUUCUAAACGAUACCAGACAAUCGAUCCGUUAAUGGGGACGUUUAGAACUGCGGCAACAGGACAGAGCAAACCGACACAAAAUUCGGUGGGUGCCGGGGCGACGCUCAUGAUGAUGACAAAUAAUAAUAAUAACAACAAUAACAGUCAGAGCACGUUCCUUGGGGCCACUUCCAGUCCCAUUCUUUCAUCAUCCAUUCGGAAACAGAAAGAUGACAUGGACGAUUCGAUGGAAUGUGGCAAUAUCCAUCGAGGCUCGAAUCCCGGAUCUAAUUAUCCACUAGAGAUCCCGGGCGGAAUGACUAUGCGUGGCAAGACCGAGGCAGGCUUAGAAAAAGCGACCGUGUUGAAUGAUCUCGCCAUGCAGUUACAUCGAUUCAAGCGACCAAACGACACCGGCGACGUGGAUGCUUCACGUGGCGCUGCAGAUCAGGCUCUAGCCGGUAUCACUCCAAACACAAACCCACGUCUCUCUCAAUCCUCUCCAGCCAAUUCUCCACAUUGUGAUCAUCUAAUACGUCCGAAUGAUGCACUGUGUAAAAAUGCACCGAGCACAAAUUUGAGCAACAAUGAUAUCAGUUGUCCAACCAGUGGUACCGACGGCAGUGGCGGCGGGGAGUGUACUCGUGCUAGUCCAUUGAUUGGCGGUGGUGCUCCUCGUGUUGACUUCAAAUCAGCUCAACUCCCCGGGCACACGACCACAACAACAAACCCCAAAGGCGUGAGCUUUGUAUGA